UGCAAAUCACCCUUGUUUGUUUCAAACGAGUUUUUGUUUCCUCUGUUUCUAAAAAUGGGAAGCUUGAGUACGAUUUUGAGACACCCGGAUGAGUUAUAUCUGCUUUUGAAGUUGAAACUUGCGAUUACGAAAGCUCACAAGCAGAUCCCACUUGAGCCACACUUAGCUUUCUGUUAUUCAAUGCUUCACAAAGUUUCUAAAAGCUUUUCUCUUGUUAUUCAACAACUUGGCACCGAGCUUCGUAACGCCGUGUGUGUGUUCUACUUGAUUCUCCGAGCUCUUGAUACUGUUGAGGAUGAUACAAGCAUACCAGUGGAGAUCAAAGUUCCAAUUCUGAUGGCUUUCCACCGUCACAUAUACGAUGGUGACUGGCAUUUUUCAUAUAUAACUAAAAGAAUGGGUGCAGGAAUGGCCGAGUUCAUUUGCAAGGAGGUAGAAACAAUUGAUGACUAUGAUGAAUACUGCCACUAUGCUGCAGGACUUGUGGGUUUAGGUUUGUCAAAAAUCUUCAUCGCUUCGGAAUUAGAAAUACUGACUCCAGAUUGGAAGCAGAUUUCAAAUUCUACAGGUUUAUUUCUGCAGAAAACAAACAUUAUCAAAGAUUAUCUUGAUGACAUUAAUGAGAUACCAAAACCGCGCAUGUUUUGGCCUCGUGAGAUUUGGGGGAAACAUGUUGACAAACUCGAGGACUUCAAAAAUGAGGAGAAAUCAACAGAAGCAGUGCAGUGUUUGAAUGAAAUGGUCACUAAUGCAUUGAUUCAUGUUGAAGAUUGUUUGAAAUACUUGGCUUCAUUGCGUGAUCCUACAAUAUUUCAGUUUUGUGCCAUCCCUCAGAUCGUGGCGAUUGGAACACUUUCAUUAUGCUAUAACAAUGUACAAGUGUUUAGAAGUGUCGUGAGUCUGAGACGAGGUCUAAUAGCUAAAGUCUUUGAUCGCACGAAGACAAUGGACGAUGUCUACGGUGCGUUCUAUGAUUUUUCUUGCAUGCUACAAACAAAGGUUGACAAGAACGAUCCAAAUGCCAGUAAGACACUAAACCGACUUGAAGCCGUUCAGAAACUCUGCAGAGACACUGGAGUCCUUCAUAACAAAAAAUCAUAUGUUAAUGACAAAGGACAACCAAACAAUGUCUUUAGCAAACUGAGUAAUCCAUGUAAGCGAGUCAUCAUUCAAGAUGUUCAGAGCAAAUCUGAAAUUCUGAAUGAUGAAGUGUGUGUGUUCUACUUGAUUCUCCGAGCUCUUGAUACUGUUGAGGAUGACACAAGCAUACCAAUGGAGAUCAAAGUUCCAAUUCUGAUAGCUUUCCACCGUCACAUAUACGAUGGUGAAUGGCAUUUUUCAUGUGGUACAAAAGAGUACAAAGUUCUAAUGGACCAAUUUCACCAUGUUUCUGCAGCUUUUCUGGAACUUGAAAAAGGGUAUCAAGAGGCUAUUGAAGAUAUAACUAAAAGAAUGGGUGCAGGAAUGGCCAAGUUCAUUUGCAAGGAGGUAGAAACAAUUGAUGACUAUGAUGAAUACUGCCAUUAUGCUGCAGGACUUGUGGGUUUAGGUUUGUCAAAAAUCUUCAUCGCUUCGGAGUUAGAAAUACUGACUCCAGACUGGAAGCAGAUUUCAAAUUCUACAGGUUUAUUUCUGCAGAAAACAAACAUUAUCAAAGAUUAUCUUGAAGACAUUAAUGAGAUACCAAAAUCGCGCAUGUUUUGGCCUCGUGAGAUUUGGGGGAAAUAUGUUGACAAGCUCGAGGACUUAAAAAAUGAGGAGAAAUCAACACAAGCAGUGCAGUGUCUAAAUGAAAUGGUCACUAAUGCGUUGACUCAUGUUGAAGAUUGUUUGAAAUCAUUGGCUUCAUUGCGUGAUCCUGCAAUAUUUCAGUCUUGUGCCAUCCCUCAGAUCGUGGCGAUUGGAACACUUACAUUAUGCUAUAACAAUGUACAAGUAUUUAGAGGCGUCGUGAGACUGAGACGAGGUCUAAUAGCUAAAAUCAUUGAUCGCACAAAGACUAUGGAUGAUGUCUAUGGUGCGUUCUAUGAUUUCUCUUGCAUGCUACAAACAAAGGUUGACAAGAAGGAUCCAAAUGCCAUGAAAACAUUAAACCGACUCGAAACCAUCAAGAAAGUUUGCAAAGAAAAUGGAAUCCUUCACAAAAGGUAGACUCUGUUUUUUCUUGGUUUCUUCUACUUGUUCUAUCAAAUAAAAUGAUCCUUGUCUGUUUGAGGUUCUAAUGAAUCUUUGUCUGUUUU